GAGAACGGGACGAAGAAAGAGAGAAGAUCGGAGAACCCCAGCGAAAUUUCCAUUGUGAGGAAAAAAAGGUUCUGGCGCUGUAACUGAUUUUGAACAUGAAAACUGCAUGUUGACGGAAAACCCAGGAGAAUGCUGACCUUACCCUUCGAAGAACCUGCAACGAUGGCCGAGCCCCAGUUUGCUGCUAACUUCCCCCGAGAAUGUGUCGCUGAAAACAAGGUCCGAAAACAAGAACGCAUCCGACAAAACCUCGAUCCAGGCUCCAACUUGGAGGGCAAAGAGCCACCAGAAGACAACUCUGAGAAGGAGGAAGACGAAAGGGACGACGACCAGGAUGAGAACGGCCAGCCUAAACGGAAAGGUGCCCGGAAAAAGAAGACCACAGGACGAUAUGACAGGGUGAAACUGAGGCGACAGGAAGCCAACGCGCGGGAGCGCAGCCGCAUGCACGGUCUUAACAACGCACUGGAGAGUCUCCGUAAAGUGGUGCCAUGUUAUUCCAAAACGCAGAAACUGUCCAAAAUCGAGACGCUGCGGCUGGCGAAGAACUACAUCUGGGCGCUGUCAGAAACUCUCAGCGCCGGCAAGAGGCCCGAUCUGCUAGCGUUCGUACAGACCUUAUGCAAAGGACUGUCACAGCCGACCACCAAUUUAGUGGCGGGGUGCUUGCAGCUCAACGCCAGAAAUUUCCUCACAGAUCACAACGGGGAGGCCUCGUUCUCUGGCAGGCCUCCGUAUGACGCCGUGUACCAUCCUUAUCCCGGCUCCGACACGGGCACGCCCACCGGGCACGGCGGUAGCACCGUGGACAGCGCCAAGCCCUUCAGACCGUACAACUACUGUGGCUCCUACGAGUCCUUUUACGAGAACCAUUCCCCCGAGUGCGCGAGCCCCCCGUUCGAAGGUCCUCUCAGUCCCCCCAUUAAUUUUAAUGGGAUAUUCUCUCUUAAACACGAGGACCCCGCUGAGUAUGGUAAGAGCUGCCACUACGGCAUGCGUUACUGCGCGGUGCCAGGCAGGGGCUCGCUCGGCCAGAACUCCAUGUUUAGCGUAUCCUCUGACAGCCAUUUCCCAUAUGACUUACAUGUGCGCAGCCAGUCCUACGCGAUGCAGGACGAAUUAAACGCGGCUUUUCAUAAUUAAUGAGAGAAAGUGAAAAGGUUGUCUCCCCUUCUGCCGGCUAAUUACCGAAAACAGAUUUCUCCGCUUGACACGGACAUGCAUUAUUUAGAAUGUGUAUCAUAUUUUUAUGUAGGAGUUUGGUUGCACUUGAAAUGGCAAUCGAUUUUAUUGCUUUGUUGUAUUUGAAAUGGGACGUUGCUCUCACCACUAUUACUCAAUUAGUCCUUAAAAGGGGGGAUGCACAACGCAGGGCCUUUAUUGUUUGGCAAUCAAUUAAAACAUUUCAGUUUGUAUAAAUACGAAUAUUG